UCAUUUCUUUUCAUCGCACACAUCUCUUCCCCCCUGCGCUGUACCAACACACCCUUUCGCCGUCGUCACCUCGUCGACUCCUGUAUUAUAAUUUGACCCUCGCCAUCGUUGCAGCUUGUCGCUGCAGGUCGGCUGAUACUCGAUACAGACUUCACGCACAUACACGUGAUCCACUUUGACUGGUGCUUUUUCGCCAAUCGAGUCUCGGAGACGAAUCCAUUCAAGUCACCGCGCGAACCAACCCAGCGUCCCAGCCAGCAGUUGCUUGCAGAGGGAGCCCACAGCUGCAACCAACAACCCUUCCUCAAAUCCUCCCUUCUCACUCUUCCCUCUAAUCGAACUCGAGUGUGCGCUGAUCCCACACGGAAUGAUCACGGCGACAUCAACACCUCUGAACCAACUCACUUUCGAGCCAAAGGCUUGCGCCUGGUCGGAGGACUUUUAACCCUCAAUUUACAUCCACCAUGGCCCAGUCUGACGCUGCCACCGCCGCUGAGCCUGCCAACGCCGCAACCACAACGACGACGACAACCGUCCCACCCAAAAAGGCAGCUUCUGCGCCCGAGAAAAAGUACAAAUGCCAGUACUGCAACCGGGCCUUCAGUCGGAGCGAACAUAGGAGUCGACACGAGCGGUCGCACACCAAGGAGCGUCCCUUCAAAUGCCAGAAAUGUCGCAGCACCUUCGUGCGCCGAGAUCUGCUCCUACGCCACGACCGAACCGUACAUGCGAAGGAUGGCGGUGUACCUCUGCAGUCUGAGGGAAGGCAGAAGAAGUCGAGUACAACUACAGGUACAGAUAAAGGUGCAGGCGCAGGGACGAAAGCGGCGCCCUCAACGGCUCCCGCUCCGUCCAAGCCCUCCAUCACCAUCGACCCUGGCACGUUGGAGCAGAUAGAGGCAAGCAGCGAUGGUAUGCUCGACCUUGAAACUGCCGCCAUGUUGAUGACAGACUUCCAACACAAGGCGGCCGCAGCGGCGAACGGUCAUCUGAACAACGGCGAAGGAUCCAUCCCCGGCUACUCUCCAGAUCGCAGUUCGCUUCUCGAAUCGUCCGACUAUCUCGGUGGCGCCAACAGCUUACCCCAUAUGCCCUGGGACAGUUUCAUGCCCCAGGGACCCUCGGUACCCAAGGCGCAUUCCAUGUCCAGCAUGUCGUCGCAAGAUAACCUGUCGCAGCCGCCGUACGUCCACAUGGGAUCGAUACAACCCCAUCAAUCACAGCUACCGCCCAUUAUGGAACGCACAAGCUCGCUCAGCGCCUCUCUACCCUCCGCUUUCCAUGGUCUGGCAGACGCCUUCCCCGUCUCUGGCACCCCGACACCCAAUGCACUCUCACCUUUUCCGUCAAUGACUGGUCCCGUCUCGCCAGUGAACUAUCGCAAGUCGCCAGGCCCAGCCCAGCCCCUUUCCUUACCCAAAGCUCCACAGUUGAAGAACGAGGAUGAGAGAGCUAUGAUUGCUAAUCAACUAGGCGGAGACAUUUCCCUUCCCUCGUUGCCCUCUAUUAACCUCUAUCUCACCACUUACUUCAAUCUAUUCCACCACCACCUCCCCUUCCUUCACCCUGUCAGUUUCCGGCCCGAGACCACUGAGCCGGCUCUUCUUCUUGCCAUCCUUUCCAUUGGCGCGCUGUACAACUUCGACCAAGAACAUGCAUAUCUUCUUCAUCACGGAUCUAAGAAGCUUGUGAACCAGUUCCUCCAGAACAAGGACAAUUUUGACUCGCGCAAAUGCCCCCUUUGGACGAUGCAGAGCACGCUUCUCAACAUGGUUUUCGAAAGCUGGAGUGGAGGCUCUCAGGGCUUGGAGUGGGCAUGUUCCAUAAAAAGCCUGCUUGCAAACAUGGUCGCCGGUAACAAAUAUGAGCUCAAACUACGAAUUGACGCACGUUCUGGCGCUCCUCCAACCCACCAAGAAUGGGUCAAUGAAGAAGGAUGCAGAAGAACGUACUAUGCCGUUUACAUCUUCUUUGGAAUGUUGACCUUGACCUACAAUCACACUCCAGCUAUCAGCUUCAACGAGUUUGAUUCAUUACCCCUGCCUUCGUCAGAAUCCUUGUGGAACAUUGAACCCAGCGAUGAGGAUUCAUGGCAAGACAUUUUUGCCGCUUCGCCUACAAUCACCGUCAGGGAAGCGCACGACAGUCUAUUCCAGGGUGACGCUGCCAGGUACAGCGCGUUUGCAACUCGGGUGAUGAUCAAUGCACUCUUUUUGGAAGUUUGGAAUCUCCGACGAAGUUUUGAAUCGUUGCAAGACGUUGUUCUGGAGUGGAAGAUUCGAAUUGCAUUAGAAACUUGGGAGAGAUCCCUUGAUCUUUGCGAACCGGAAACCAUCGUCGUCCCGCUGAGCACUCCACACAAGAGCCACCCGCUGAUCUUCAACUCCAUGGCUGUGUAUCGAAACACCAGGGCUUUCCUCGAAGUGGACCUUAAGAACGUCCAAGAAGCUUUGCGCUAUCACAACUCGUAUGAGAUUGCAGGAGCCAUGACUUUAUCCCGAGACGCCGUCAAACGAACCAAGGAAAUGAUCAAGGUGAUCGAGCAAUGCUACGAGUGCAUGGAGAUUGUUGCAAUGCAAGGUAUCAACUGGGUGACCAAGACCUCUUCCACCAACUGGAGCAUCGAGCAUCCUCUUUGCGGCCUGGAUUUGAUCACCAUACUAAGUCUAUGGCUCUAUCGCAUUGAGCACGACGAUCAAGAAGCCACCGAGGAAGAGCUUUCUAUGUACAUGAAAGUUCGGGGCUUGUUCGAUGACGACGCUGUUGAUUCAAACGGAUCACGCUUGAGCUCUACCGUGGCUCGAGUUUGGGGGUCUAUGUUGGAUGGGGUGGUUGUUUGGGGUAUCUCGAAGACCAUGGGUGAAUCAUUCAAGCUCCAUGCUCAGGCUCUCGUUGGAUAUGUCGAUGAGAUGCAUGUGGAUCCGGUCACUGGCAUUCCACAAGUGUCAGACCAGGCCCUGAUGGGCAUGGAAACAGCAUACUAAACCAUUUCCUUUGUGAUCUAUGUCGGCACAAUUACUCCUCUCUAUCCCCUGCAUGGCGAAUGGUGGCUUUGUUCGGGAGAAACAACACGGUGUUCACCGCCAUGGCGGGGUUUGUCUUUUUUUCACAGCAUUGACUCGACUCGACUUCGAAACACUUGGUCCCCCUUCGACACUCGACCGGCCGUCGAUGGCCUUGAGCGGCUAAGGCAAGCACGAUUCAUCUCACCGCGCAACCUACAUCUCGAUCUCAUCACGAAUCACAUACAAAUCUAAUCCCCUCCGCUUGAUACCUUGUGCGCUUAACAGAUGCAAGACUUGACCUAUUUGCAUUUCCUGAUGACGAUUCUCGCUCAAACCAAAAGGGUGGACUUGAGCGUCCACUACGGCCAGCGGGAAUUUCUGGCCUCAUGACCAUUCAUCUCUUUGCAACAUUUUUGAAACCUUAGGACUGAGUAACGGCCGAUUUUGUGAUUUGAUUAUUCUUACCUCUGUAUACUAGUGAACCUGGGCGGAAGUGGUGCGCCGGAGUAGGAUACAUUGGGGUUUUCUUUGCGCAGAGCACGGCAGAGCACGGCAGAGCACCGCUUGAUCUUGCAGAGCCAGGCAGAAAUAGGAGAUCACAAGCACUUAAUUAAUGAUAUCCAACACUUUACCUUGACACGACCUGCUUGCGGGAGAACAAGAGGGU